GUCAGUGUCAAUGUCAAAAACUGCCUGCAUUUCUGCAAGGAAAUGUACCAAAAAAUAUUAAUUAGGAAUAUGCUUCAGUAAGAUAACCUUUAAGUUCGAUUUCGUUACUUAAUUUGGUUUUAUAUAUUUUACUACUAAGUAGAAGUAUUUUAGAAUGGGCACCUUACCUAAUUUUGCAGGGCUAACAAACAAAAACAUUUUCUUAGUGGAAUUUAAAGAACCAUAUGCUGAAAAAACUCUUCGCGAUGAAACUACAACCAACAUUCGCAGCCUCAUAUUCAGCCCAAAAGGCGGCUACCUGGCUUACCGAACUGAUAAAAAAGCUGAAAUAGUAAAAUGUUCAGAUUGGUCUGUAGCGGGUUCAAUAGAGGGAAAUAUCAAGGACAUGUUGUUUUCUCCUCUGGACAACUAUUUCAUGGCUUGGGAAAUGUUCCUCAUGAAUAAAGAUAAUCCUCAAGGCAAACCAAACUUGCAUGUUUACAACAUCGCCAAGAAAGCUGUAGUUGCAUCUUUUACACAGAAACUACAAACUGGUUGGGAGCCAAAGUGGUCAUCAGAUGAAAAGAUAUUUGCCAUACAAGCUGGUAACCGAGUGCUGAUUUAUGAGGAUGGCAACUUCGAACGCUACAGCCACACUAUUAAUGCCGAGAAGCUAAACUGCUUCAGCGUUGCCCCAAGCGCGGCUCCGACUUAUUACUUUUCAAUUUUUACUCUGGGCAAAUCGGGGCAACCUUCGGUUUGGAAGGUGCUGCAGUACCCGAAUUUCGAAUUGGAAAAGGCAGUGGUCAGCAGGACUUGUUUCCAGGCAGACAAAGCCACUUUUUACUGGAAUCGCCGCGGCACCAACAUUUUCACCCUCACACAAACUGAUGUGGACAAAACGGGUGGUUCGUACUACGGUAAACAGUCACUGUCAUACGGCGACGUAAAAGGAAAUGCGGGAAACAUGGUCUUUAAUAAGGAAGGUCCGAUCCACGCGAUAGCGUGGAACCCCGGCAACUGGAACGAGUGGCUGGCGGUGUACGGCCACGCGCCGGCCAAGGCCACCCUCUUCAAUGCCAAGUGUGACCCCCUCUUCGAGUUCGGGACGGGAGCCUGGAACACCAUCCAUUAUGCUCCCGACGGAAAUCAUGUUCUGCUGGGUGGGUUCGGUAACAUUGGCACGGGUCACGUGGAGGUGUGGGACCCGCGCGGCUACAAGCGGCUCGGCAAGUGCGCGGCGCCCGACACCACGAGCCUGCAGUGGGACCCGCGCGGGGAGACCUUCCUCACCGCCACCACCUACCCGAGGCUCACGCAAGGCAACGGGUACAAGAUCUGGCAUUACACCGGAGUGCUGAUGCACCAGCGAGCGUGCGUGGACAAGAAGAACCUGCUGUCGAUCGGUUGGCAGCCGGGCUCGUACCUGAAGAGCGAGCUGUCCCGCGGCGCGCCGCGCGGCCUCGCGCCCGCCGCGCCCGCGCCCGCCGCCGCCUACCGGCCGCCCGGCGCGCGCAACAAGCCCUCCACCUUCACCCUGCACGAACAUGAGAAGCCACAUCGCCCCGGGGAGACCGUUAAUGCGGCCCCAUCGAAGCAGGCUCUAAAACAGAAGCAAAAGCGGGAAGCCCGCAAAGCGCGCUCCGCCGAAGAGAAGGCCUCCGGCGAAGCGACGCCGCCGGCCGAGCCAGGUGCGCCCGCGCGGGCUGCUUUCGUCUCUACCGGCGACCCCGAGAAGGAUAAAAAGAUCAAAAAUAUUAAUAAGAAACUGAGUGACAUCGAGAAGCUAAAGCAGCAGCGAGCCGCGGGCAAGCCUCUCGAGAUCAACCAGAAAGCCAAGAUAGAGACCGAGGCCGGCUUGCUCACGGAGCUGGCCCAGCUCCGGUUAUGAUCGCAGCCGGACCCCCGCCCCGCCCCAGCGACGCCUGGCCCCGUUACUGUUGACUACUUCUACUCCCCGUAUGCUUCCAUAUACCAAGUACAACUAAUAUCGUAAUACUGUCUAUCCUCUGUUAGUGGUUCGUUUAACCAACGACGUCUAUGUCAGUGAUUGGUUUUCAUGCAGUUCGGUUGUUAGACAACCUUAUGACAACCCUAAACAAAUGUAGUGUUUACGUCUAGCGCAUAUUUUUCUGCAUUUAAAAUUUUCACUCCUAUAUCCUUGCAAGCAGGCGCCUGGCUGAUCAAAUCAGCUAUUUUGUCGAAAUAUCAAAACGUAUCGCCAAUACGUAGGUACUUAUAAAUCUAUAUCGCCACUAAGGGCCAGUUGCACCAACCACAUUUGACAGGCUGAUCAACGUCAGCCGGCGCGCCCCGGCGCUUUACUAUGAAACUUUCCAUAAAUAUAAAUUUAGCGAAGACUUUAACGAUACGAACAGUUUGGUGCAACCGACCCUAAGAGGAGUCAAAAACGUCUGCUGUACUAUAGUUCGUUUUUUUAGCAUUAGAAAUAAGGUAAACAAUCUUGAUGUGUAUUUUAAUUGAAAAACACAUUUCAUAAAUAAGUUACGGUAAAUAUGUAACAAUUAUGAAUCUAAUACGAUCAUUUAUAUUCUUCUGCUUUCAUAAAUUAUAGUUACUGAUUUUUAAUAAGAGUUAUUCAAUUAAAAGACAUGCCAAAAUCGCUUACCUUCUUCCAAGUUCUUUCUAAUGCUAAAAAAAACGAACUAUAAUUAGAAAAAGUCGAACGUGUAGAAAAUAUUUAUGGUGUUCUUUUGUGCGGACCCGGUUACACUCUCCUUUCUUCUUUUUAGUUCUGUAAACAUACUUAGACUUAAAGUUUAUCUUCUGGAUAUCUGGUUGUGUUUAAUGUACUACUGUUUACUAUUAGGUAUGUGAUUGUUGAUUUCCUCCUUAUUUAUAAAACUUUACAAGCCUCGAUUAGUUAAUUUUUGUUUCACUCCUCUCUCUCUCUUACAAGUACAGAAAGUGAAAAGGACAAAUUAAGACAAACGAUGAAGAAAAGAGAGAUUAAUAGCUAAUAGAGGCUUGUAGCGCGUUUAUGAAUAAAGCCACUAAUGGUGUCUGCAUUAUAUAUAGGGCCAAUUUCUUGUCCUUAACUUCUGCAUUUACUUAUUAGAUGUUAGUGUACAUACAAAAUAAUGAAAUUAUAUAAAUAUAUGAUGAAUAUUUUCAUUGAAAAGGAAUGAAUAGAUAUUUAUGUAGUUACUUGUAUGUGAUGUGAUGUAAAAUAUUGAAGACCUAAACUAGAACUGUAAAUUUCUUGAAGGCUAUAUAAAUAGUUACACACAUAAAUAUGUACCUACAUUGUUAAAUAGAAAGUUCUUAAUAAAACACGGCAGCAAAAGUGCAUACGCACUUUAUGAUUGGAAUUAAUUCAUAAAACGGGAAUGCACUUUAGCAUCUCGCUAUACAUUGCACGUCUUACAAUGUAUAUUGUGGUAUGCUGCGUAUCGCUCGCCCUUAAAAAUUCAAAGUACCCGUACAGAACUGUACAGUAGAAGUAACUUAGUUUACAUAGGUACCUACAUGUGUACAUAGUUUUUACAAUGCGGUAUUACAAGUCCCAAGGAACAUCGGCCUACAAGAUUAACACAUGUGCGUUGCUACACAACAGCAGUUUUCUUUUUCUGUGGUGCAUUACCGGUUCUGGCAUGGACACGAUCCAGAAGGGAACGUCAAAGUAUGGCAGGCUAAGGAUAUUGUAUAAAAUUUAUAAUGUUUUACUCUUUUUACUAUGAUUUGCAUCACCUAUUGAAGUGCAAUACGUGCCUUACGAUGUUAUUUAAAAAAAUAUAUUUUGUCUAUCAAAUUAUGAAAAAAAAAACAUUUGGCGACAGUAACAGUAUCUUGAUAUCUUCUGUGAUAAUGAUAAGGCAGUUUAUUACGUUGAAACAAAUGACUAUGACACUUUCUGACCCACAUAGAGAUAUAUUGAAGAAAAAAAUCACUAAAUCGAGGUUCCUUAGAUAUACAUGAAUCCCAACUCAUAUGUACUCCCCUGCUGUGACAAGAUCGAUCAAGAAAUUUCUGCAAUUUCUACUUUACCUGCUGUUUUCUUUAGUGUUGUAAGGAUAUUGUUUGUUUGUGAAUUAUAUUACAGAGGUGUGGUUAACUUUUUUUGUUAUUAUUCUGCCUCGUCUGCCAAUAGUACCAUAAUUUGUUAGAAGAAAUUUUAUACUACGUUCUACUAAUAUGCUAAGUAGAUGAUCCAUUAAUCCUAUUGAAAAUGCAUAAAUGUCAUAAAAAUGUAUAUUUGGUUAUUGUCAAUACUAUACAUUUUAUAACACCAGGGUUUUAAAAGUGACCCAGGCGUCCAUAACAAUUGGCAACGAGUAUUAACAAAAAAACGUUGAUUCACCCAGUUACGAUAACUGUAAAUAACUAACAUAGUGUAUUUUCUUCAAGUCAAGCUUCGGUACCAUUCGUAUGCAAAUAAGUAAUCUUGUUAGAAGUUAUUGCGUUCAAAAACAAAACAAGUACAUAGUAUGUGAUGCAAUGUUUCACGUCAUCCAUAGUUCUGACUAAGGGCCACUUGCACCAUUCACUAAUCCGGGGGUUAACUGGUUAAACGUGACACUGGAUUAUCGGUUUAACUGGUUAACCCCGGGUUAGUGGGUGGUGCAAGGGGCGCUAAGUCGAAUAUACUUCUGGCCUUUAUCCUUAUAUUUAAUCAAACGUUGUGCAUGCUCAAAUAUUGUUACUUCGUCCUGGGAUUGUUUAACUACCUACGUAAACCAGUAUAUUUCAGUAUAUUAUUGCCUACCAGUUUUUAUUGUUAUGCAAAAUAAGGGGUCCCUUUGUUUCCCAUAAAGUUUUAAUCAUAAUAUAUUGUUUGUCAUCUUAUCGUUAGCCAUAAAACUGUAACCGUUACCUUUCAGGAUUUUCGUAAGGUUAUUCUAUAGAUAGGUUAGGUUACGUUACGUUUGUUUUAUGGCAAUCCUGAAGAGCUACACGUUUCUGAGAAAAACCAAUUAUGAUUAACGAAAAUUCGGACAAACAAUACAUUAUGACUUAAAACUAUUUGGGAAACAAUAGAGACCCGCAAAAUAAUUCUACGAUUAGACACGAACGGUUGCCAAGCUAGAUUGCAUACGACGUUGUACAGUCGAGGACUUUAAUUAUGGAGCUAUUUAGGGUUAAUUUGCAUUGGACAUUUAAUAGUAUAAGUAUUUCUUUUAACAAAAAAAAAUAGCUCCAACCCUAAAUCUGAAUUGAGGCCCGAGACCGUGCCUCCGUCACUAUCGCAACACUCUACUUUAUUAAACUGUUGUGAAUUUAAUUAAUUACCAAUGUAGGUAAUCAAGUUUUAAACGAGUUAUUUAAUAAAUGUUUUUACUUCUAA